CUACGUACAAUUUAACAAAUAAAAAUGAAACUAGAUGAUCUAGACUUUCUCUCUUUGUGUGUGUGUGUGUGAUAGCUCAUCAGCUUCCCCUAGCCGACGCCGUCGAGACCGCCCCGUAAACUUUCUCUCCUUCACGCUAUCCCGUUGACAUCUUACUCUUUAUUCCUCGCUUCUCUUAUCUGUCUUUAAUAAACUCAUCUUCUUUCAUUCAUUUCCUAAAUUUUUUUUUUCUAGCUUAUAUUACUAACUUAACGUAUGUAUGUAAGUCCACUUAUAUAAAACCUUAUGUAACUGCAUUUUAAAGCACCAAAAAAUCAUUGGAUAGCACUCCCCAAAAAAAAAAAAAAAAAAAAAAGAAAAAAAAGGUUUGUUAGUUGCAAUAAUAUUAUGCAUGUUUAUGCGUAGGAGUACGGUUUUUGAGUUGGUUGGUUGAUUGUUAUAGUAUUGCUUCAGGUGAGAAUAAGAGGCUAAGAUUAAUAUGGGAUCUUCGAACAAUGGCGGUGUUCCGCCGGGGUUUCGGUUUCACCCUACGGAUGAAGAGUUGCUACACUAUUACCUUAAGAAGAAAAUCAGCUUUCAAAAGUUUGAUAUGGAGGUUAUUCGUGAAGUUGAUUUGAACAAGAUGGAGCCUUGGGAACUUCAAGAGAGGUGUAGGAUAGGAUCAACUCCGCAAAAUGAAUGGUACUUCUUCAGCCACAAGGAUAGGAAAUACCCAACAGGAUCAAGGACUAACCGAGCAACGAAUGCCGGGUUUUGGAAGGCCACAGGGAGAGACAAAUGCAUCAGAAACAGCUUCAAGAAGAUUGGUAUGCGCAAAACUCUGGUUUUCUAUCGAGGAAGAGCUCCUCAUGGUCAAAAAACUGAUUGGAUUAUGCAUGAGUAUCGCUUAGAAGAUACUGAUGAUCCUCAAGCUAAUGGUGAAGAUGGAUGGGUUAUAUGUAGAGUAUUCAAGAAGAAAAACUUGUUCAAGAUUGGAGGUGAACAAGGAGGAGGAACUACAACAAGCGCUACCUCCGAUCAGCUACUAUGCAACCCCACGGGAUCAAGUACCGCGAACCAAUCACGCCACUUCAUCCCUAGGGAUCACACCAACAAUAAUCCUCAAUACCCUCACCACCUCCUCCUACGCAAUGAUCCUCAAGCAACCUCAACCUUUGACUUAUACAUGAAUAAACCCGACUUAGGGCUUCAUAGCUACUCCCACCCACACCAAAUUGCACCCCUACCUCCUCCUGACUACGCGACUCAUCCUCACCAUCUCUACCAAGCAAGCGAGGGUGGUGGUCCUACUGCCCUCGAGGUAGGACCAUGUGAACCUUCAGACCCUCAUCAUCCAGGGAUCAACGAGUGGGCUAUGCUUGACCGCGUGGUUGGCCACCAACAAGAUGAACAUCAUGGUGAGCAGCAGGCUAAUGCUAGUGCUAAUGACUUGACUUCUACUGUGCUUGAAAUGAAUCAACAACAUCAGCAACAACAACUUUCUUUACGUGGAGAAAUGGAUUUCUGGGGAUAUACCAAGUGAUUUUUGCAUUUUUUUUUUUCCUUUUUGGGAUUUUAUUCAAUUAGAUUGACAUGUAAUGUAUAAAAAUUUAAUUUCCAUGCAUGAAUGCAUGCACAAAUUAAGUUUAAUUUAAUUUGUUUGCAUAUAAUACUUCAUACUAUUACAAGUAUACUAUAAUUGUUUGUUGCAUGUACACAAUUGAAUUGGUUCAUGUUGCAUCAUUAUUGAUUAGGAUAAUGUGUGUAUAAGAUUGAAUUCAAAUUGUGAUUUGUUUUAUAUUUACUCAUUAAUAUUUAUUCACUUAACUGCCUGCUCUUUCCUUUCAUUUUUCUUCUUUUAAUCCCUUUUAAUUUCGUUUGCUUCAUCAAUUGUUCUUGUAUGUUUGUGUCGUCUCCCACAUUAUGUUUGUUGCGAAUAAUGACAAUGGCAAUCCAAUGGAGAGUGAUAAUAGUCAUAUUACUAAAAACAUUUGUUCAAUAGUAUGAUUUUGGGUCGGGUUUGGUUUAUUCUCUAGAUGUCAAGUUGUUAUGCUACAAUUCAAGCUCAUUAUGCAACAAUGUUUUCUAAAGCAGAGCAGUCACCCUGCCUCGCUCAAGGACAAGACAUCAUACAUAGGGUGCGCGACAUCCUCAGCUGCUGAUGCGGCUUCUCUGCCCAUAUUAUACGGUGCAGAUAGUUUCAAUUGCACAAAAGACAGUAAAGCUUCUUGUUUUACUAACCUUGCCCAUACUAGUGGCCAUAAUUUCUGUCAAGUAACCAACAAUAAGAAUCUGAAGACUCGAUCAAGCUCCGGUCAUCAGCCUAUACAGUCUAAUAAACGCCUGAAAGAACUUUUGGUGUUAGUUGUUCACUCAGCUUACGCAGGUCAUUCAUACAGCCAUCUCUUCAUGAGGACCUUAGACAUUGGCCUCAUACAGAUACCUUGUUUCCCCUGUUUCAGCAUUGUGUGCGUGUUUCCUCGCAGC